AUGUAUAUUUGUAGAAAUUGGUGGCUGUUAUUUGGAAUUAUUAUAAUUCUUACAAUUGGAACUAGAUUUUAUAAAGUUACAGAGCCACAACAUGUCUGCUGGGACGAAACUCAUUUUGGUAAAAUGGGAAGUUGGUAUAUAAAUAGGACAUUUUUCUUUGAUGUACAUCCUCCUCUUGGAAAAAUGCUUAUCGCAUUAUCUGGUUAUUUAACUGGUUACAAUGGUACAUUUGCAUUUGAAAAGCCAGGUGAUAAAUAUGAAAACGUCAAAUAUGUUGGAAUGAGAAUAUUUUGUACAUUAUUAGGUGCUACUACAGUACCCUUAUCAUUUCUAACAGUAUGGGAUUUAACAAAAUCUACUAAUGCAGCAAUGCUUUCUGCAGUAUUUAUUCUUUUUGAUGUUGGUCUAUUGACUUUAAAUCAGUAUAUUCUUCUGGAUCCAAUAUUAUUAUGUUUUAUGAUGUGCGCAACUUGGGGAAUGACUCGUAUUGGUUCUCUUCGCCAUCAACCAUUUACAUCUUCUUGGUGGAGUUGGCUAAUAUUUACAGGUGUAUCUCUUGCAUGCACAAUUAGCGUUAAAUUUGUUGGUCUGUUUGUUGUCUUGCUAGUUGGUCUUUAUACCAUAAACGAAUUAUGGCGAGAAUUAGGGGACUUAACGAAACCCAUUUCUUAUGUGAGCAAACAUUUGAUGGCAAGAUUUUGUUGUCUUAUUAUGUUACCAGUAUUUCUUUACAUGUUAUUUUUCUACAUUCAUCUUCAAGUUUUAAAUAAAAGCGGAAGUGGAGAUGGAUUUUAUAGUUCGGAAUUUCAAUCAUUAUUAAAAGGAAAUUCUUUGUACAAUGCAACUAUGCCACGACAAUUAGCAUAUGGUGCUACUAUUACUUUAAAGAAUCAUCGUACAGGUGGAGGAUAUUUACAUUCUCAUUGGCAUCUAUAUCCCGAAGAAGUUGGUGCCAGACAGCAACAGAUAACAACUUAUUCUCAUAAAGACGAUAAUAAUCUUUGGUUGAUAAAAAAGUAUGAUACCGAUGACAUUCCGUCUGAACCAGUAUUGGUAAAACAGGGUGAUCUUAUACGUUUGGAACAUGUUAUUACAAAACGAAAUUUACAUUCUCAUAAAGAAAUUGCACCUAUUUCUAAAAAACAUUACCAAGUAACAGGAUAUGGUGAGAAUGGUACAGGAGAUGCCAAUGACGUUUGGAAAAUAUUGAUAGCAAAUGGUAAAGAUGGUGAUAUAGUUGAAACUGUUACAAGGGAUAUAAUCAACAAGAGGUGUCAUGUAAUCCAAAUAUGAGAGACAAAAAUGCAUUAUGGAACAUAGAAGAUAAUAAUUAUACUAAAUUACCCAAUGUAAGUUUUCAAGUUUAUGCACCUGGAUUCCUUGAUAGAUUUUUGGAAUCACAUGCUGUCAUGUUGCAAGGAAAUUCAGA